AUGGAUGCUCCUUUUCCUACCGAAGUACAGGAAUUCGACGGCGAUGACCGCAUCUCCUUCUCAAAGCUGGACAGCAAGUUCAUUGCUGUCCGGGACGAUGGCGCCGAGUUCGAGUUUGACGCCGAGCGCCGCGAUUCGAAGAAGCUGAGGCGCCAGAAGAAACCCAAGGCGGCACCGCAGCCCAAACAAAACACGGCCGUUUACGUCACCGGCCUGCCCCUCGAUGCGACGGUCGACGAGGUGCAUGAGCUGUUCUCGCGCAAGGGUGGCGUCAUUGCCGAGGAGAUUGACAGCGGCGACCCGAGGAUCAAAAUGUACAACGACGCGGACGGCAACUUCAAGGGCGACGCGCUCGUCGUCUUCUUCAAGCCCCAGAGCGUCGAGAUGGCCAUCAUGCUGCUCGACGAUACCGAAUUUCGAAUAACGGCGAGCGGCGCGCGCCAUGGUCGCAUACGGGUGCAGGAGGCCGACUCGAGCUACAAGAAGGUGCAGUACGACCUGGACGGCGCGAGCGAGCGCAGCGGCGGCGCCACGCCGGCCAGCAGCAGGAGCAACGGCAACAGGGAGCGCCGCCCGCCCACCAAGGACCGGCAAAAGAUUAUCAAGAAGACGCAAAAGAUGGACGCCAAGCUGGCGGACUGGAGCGAUGACGACGCGCCGGCCACAGGCGCGGGCGCCGUGCCGGGCGGCUCCAAGUGGGACAAGACGGUGGUGCUGCAGCACAUGUUUACGCUGCGGGAGCUCGAGGACGACCCUGCGGCGCUGCUAGAGAUCAAGGAAGACGUUCGCGACGAGUGCUCCAAGCUGGGCACGGUGACGAGCGUCGUGUUGUACGACGAGGAGGAGGACGGCAUCGUGACGGUCCGGUUCAAGGAUGCCGAGUCGGCCUUGGCGUGUAUCAAACUGAUGCAAGGGCGUAGCUUUGGCGGCAUGCGGGUUGAGGCCGCGCUGGCGACGGGCAAAGAGCGAUUUCGAAAAUCCAAGGCGAAUAAUGAUGACGUGUCUGACUAG